AUGUCUGCGGAUGAAGUGAACAUCGGCUCAACUCAUCCAGAAAACACAGCAGAAGACUUUCCACCGGCUGUGACGACGGAACCAGAAGUUUUGCAUUUGACCAACUGCACUCUGCAAGACUUCACCCAACGAGGUUUCCUAGGCGAGGGCGGAUUUGGGAAGGUUCUCCAUGUGCAACACACGGCAUCAAAAAGAUCGUAUGCCCUGAAGAUCUUAGAAAAACAGAAGAUCACCACCUUAAGGGAUGUUGAAAGGAUUUUGGUCGAGAAACGGGUCGCUCUCACAGCAGCUGUCCACCCCUUCACCGUGGAUCUACAUGCCACCUUCCAGUCAGACCACCAUCUCUUCUUCCUCAUGGAGUAUGUCGCUGGAGGCUGCUUAAGGACUCUCCUGGAGAGGGAACGUAAAUUUGGACAACGGAGGACUACGUUCUAUGCUGCGUGCACAGUGCUGGCCAUCUCCUAUUUGCACGAAAAUGGUAUCAUACACCGAGAUCUCAAGCCGGAAAACCUGCUCUUAGACAGCAACGGGUACAUCAAACUGGCUGAUUUCGGACUAUGCAAAGACGGAAUUGGCUAUGGGGACAGAACACGCAGCCUGACUGGAACCUAUGACUACAUGGCUCCCGAAGUCCUCUCCAGGCUGCCGUAUUCAAGAUCUGCAGAUUGGUGGUCUCUGGGCAUCGUGAUCUUCGAGAUGCUAGUCGGGGACCUACCAUGGAUGAGACCAUCUAUUGGCGUCGUCUGCCCAAAGUUCCUGGCUGAGGAUGCAGCUAUUUUAAUAUCAGGGCUUUUACAGUUGGACCCAUGGAUGCGGCUGGGCUCCAGCGAGGAAGAUGCAGGUGAACUAAUGUUUCAUCAUUUCUUUCGAGGCAUUGACUGGCUGGCUUUGGUACAGAGAAAAUUGCAGCCCCCAUUCAUACCGGAGGAUGUUGGACUUUCCGACGAUGGACCCUGUUAUGAACAUCUACUUCUAACACCUCCCUCCGAGGGUUCCUUGGCAAUAAGAAAAGAGAUCGCCGAUGCCUUUGGGAGCUUCGAUUAUUCCGCAAUAUAG